UCGUACUGCGCAGCUGCAUGGUGCAGCGCUGUGUACCCUUUUGUUCCUGUUUUGAUUGUAGGUCAGAGAUGUUGUCUAGAACUCGUCUAUUUAUUUAACAGAUUGCACACUUUCAUGCUAGUCAUCAGCAAUGGCUCUCAUCUCCCUGGAUGAUCUUGAAGGAUUUGAUGAGGAACAGCUGGAUGAUGACAUCACAGACAAUCCCGAGCCAGUGGGUGAUGAGGAACAGGAAAGAUUAUACAGCCACUGGCAGGCAGUCGCCAGCACACAUCAGGUCUCUGUCCCUCGAGAAAUGACCGGACCAAUACAGGAAAUGACGAGGCGGAACCAAGAGAGGGAACCGGUGCCAUCUGUCACCAUUUCUCGACAUGAAAAGCUUGGCGAGGUGGUGUAUGAGGAAAGAAUGUACCCUGCCGGACACUGGGCCUGCAUCACCAAAGGGGAGAAACUGUAUGAGCAAAGCAUUUCCAUGGGUUUCAUGAAACUAAUGCGCUUCAUUUGCAAAGAGAACUCGGCAGGAUGCUACCUUGGAAUGACGGUGCCUAUUGUAAAUAAUAUCCAUAUCACAGAGGAUGGGUUUACUUUUAAGAAGGACAUCUUGACAGCAUACUACCUUCCUGCAGAGUUCCAAGCCAACCCAGUCCAGCCUUCUGAUCCGGACAUUAUCAUUGUCCGCAGGGAGGCUUUUCGAGUCAUAACCCGGACUUUCUAUGGCACAACCACAGAGGAGACCAUCACACAGCAGAUCAACAUGCUGUGGGAGAUACUGGGCGCCACAGACGACGUGCACCGAGACUCCUACAUGGUGGCCGUCUAUGAGAACCCGGGGGUGACCUGCCGCAGGAACGAGAUCUGGUUUAUUCGUCAAGAACCCUGAAAUUGUCCUGAACAAGUCCCCUCUCCUCUAUUGUUUGUCCCCUACGUACCCCACUCCUACCAACCCCUGUCAGAAGAUAAUUCCUAGAAGGCAGCCUAGUAUAGGAGAGUUUAGAUUCAUAAGGAAAAAGUAUAUAUUGGGUCUGUUAUACUUAUCUUUCUAAAAGGGUGUAUAGUAUAUCAGGAAAGUAACUGUAAAGAAAGAAAUAAUUUAUUAAUCACUCUAUUAGGUUUCUAUGGAAGCCCAAAUCAAGACAGAACUUCUACUGGGCCUUUGUGAUGGUCAUAUUCAAUCAUGUUAAAUAAAUAAAUAUGUGUUGUAUUUAGGGGAAAACAUCGCUUUUUGCUAUUAUGCAUUGUAUUUUUGUAAAAGUUUAUUAUUUUAUUUGUGGCUUUAUGUAUAAAAUAUUAUUGGGAACAUCUGAAAGAGAAAAAUAUAGUUGUAAAGCUAACUUUGGUUUUAUUCUUCAACAUGAAUGACAAUUCUGCUUGCUUUCAAUGCCUUGUUUAAGUGAACUCAAAAUAAAGCUUUGGAUUGUUGUGAACAAGCA